AUGUCAAGCAAGAAGAAACACAAACGAAAACACAGCGACAACGAUGAAGACGACGACGUUUUCUACUACCGCUACUGCGCUUCGUCCUCAACCCCUAACACCACCACCACCGGCACCACAUCCAAUUACUCCCUAACAAACUCCGAUCUCCAUACGCUCUUCUCUACUUUCGGCCGCAUCGCGCGUGUAACCGUUCUCAAAGACCGUCACACGCGCCUAAGCCGCGGUGUCGCGUUUGUCCAAUUCAUUUCUCGUAAUGACGCCCAACGCGCCGUGGCAGAGAUGAAUAAGAAGAUUCUCAAUGGAAGGACUCUAACUGCUUCUAUUGCUGCUGAUAAUGGACGUGCUCCGGAGUUUAUUCGGAAGCGCGUGUACAAUACUGAGACUGCUUUGUGUUAUGAGUGUGGGGGGCAUGGUCAUUUGUCGUAUGAGUGUCCUAAGAAUCAGUUGGGGCCGAGGCCGCGGCCUCAGCCUAAGAAGCCGCGACGGGGAUUUAGUGGGCUGAGGGAUAGGGAUGGGGAGGAGGAAGGUGAUGAGGAGGAGGAGGAGGGUGGUCAGAUUGCUGCGGAGCAGUUUGACGAUAAUUGGGCUUCUGUUGUGGAUGAUGAAGCGGGUGAAAGGUUGCUGGGGAGAAACAGAAAUGAUGAUGAGGGUUUGGACAACAACAAGACGAAGAAGAAAGGGAAGAAAGCUGGGUAUUUCAGUGAUGAGAGUGAUCAUGAUGAUGAUGAUUGA